AUGGAGAGAAUGGCACUUCUGUGCCCACUACUUCCUACUGAUGAGUUCCCCGUCUCGCACUCUGAGACUUAUUUACUCGCUCAGCGUGUCAACAACAGAGACAGCACUUCAGACGCCAGAAUGAGUGUUUUUGACCGUCUGGCCCCUCUGAUCCCUCAAGUAUCUGCCUCCUCCAGACAAACAAAGGAGCAUCCGUCAGUCUGUUUGUCUCCCCCUCUGUCCCUCUCUUCUCCUGUCAUCAAAAAGAAAGCUAUUAAAAUUUCGUCAUUUGAUGAGAAGGGACUCGUCUAUGGCGAACACGACACAAAACAUACAAACACUGACAGAUCUUUUGUCCCAAUUUGUUCCUCCAAGACAUCCGGUCAGCCCUCUUGGAGUAAAUCAUGCCAGCAUUUACAGAUGAACCGCGGAGAAAAAGCCUCAACCCUCCCGAAAGCCAAGCCCAAAACAUACAGCUCUCCAACUCUCCCUGCACGGCCCAGCAUCUCCAUUUUCCCUGCUCCAAAGCCAAAUACCUCUCCCACUCUGAAACCACAGCCAAGGGAUUCUCUUCAUCUCAGUGAUCCUUUCUCGUUACUGCACCAGCCGAAGCCAAGUGUAUCUCCAACUCUUACUGUCCCAACACCCAGACUGACUCCAUCUCCGACUUCCUUGGAUGGCCAUGGAGGCAAGCAGCCUUCUCCUGUCGCUAAAGAAAGACGUGCUCGAUCCAUUACCAUAUCCAAUGCUAAAACUGAGCGCGAGUACAAAAAAGACAGAGGACAGAGCUCCUCAGAUGUGGCGAAGCAUGAAAUUCUUGAUCAGGAGGUUUUACUGGACUUCACUAACCCUGCAUUGAGGAGACCAUGUCCCAUGUCUCGACAUGAGUCCCAGAGACACGCAGCCAUGUCUCAGAACUCCUGCCUCUUACAAGGCAAAACUGUCAUGGGACACCCGCAAAGCUACCAGAAUAUCCCUCUGGGAAAUACUGCCAAUUCGACACAAACAGGUUUGGCAUCAGUUCAAAGGGGGUGUUUGACCUGCCGGCCCAGCAGUCCCACACAGAGCACCAGAGAGCAGACGAGACAACAACAACAGCUUCCCCUUCACUAG